UGUCACAGGGAGGAUUCAGUGCCCUAAUAUCAAAGGACGCCAUGGUUUUUGGGACCGUGGGAGCCUACGAUUGGUCAGGAGGUCUGAUGGAGUACGUCGAUGGGAAGCAAGUCUUUAUAAACGUCUCGCAAGCUGAGAAUGACAUGAAGGACUCUUAUCUAGGGUACUCAGUGGCAGGAGCGAACGUGAGCGACACGUCUCUCUACAUUGUGGGAGCUCCUCGCUAUCUGCACAAGGGCAAAGUGGUGAUAUUCUCAAAGAACUUGUCAACUGGCUCUUGGGCCCCAAUCCAGCAUAUCAACGGACAGCAGGUAUAG